AUGGGGUCCUUUGUGGCACGUCGGAAAAAACCCGAGCUCGUGCUACCGGCACGAGCAACACCGCGGGAGACUCUGCCUCUCUCCGACCUUGACGAUAUAAUAGGCCUGCGGCUUCUGCAGCCCUCCAUCAAGUUCUUUCGUGCGGUCGACAUUGGUGACCACGGGCAAGGGCGGCCUGCCAUUGCCGCCAAGGCAAUCAAGGCCGCCCUCGCGGAGGCGUUGGUGCACUACUACCCUCUGGCAGGCCGUCUCUGGGAGGCUCCUGGAGGCAAGCUAGUCGUCGACUGCACCGGGGAAGGUGUCGUGUUUGUCGAGGCGGAGGUGGACGUGUCCAUGGAUGAGCUCGGCAAGCCAUCGCCUCUGCCACCAUACCCAUGCGUCAAAGAACUGCUGUGCGAGGUGGGCAACCCUAUGGUUGUUGUCGGAGUUCCUCUCUUCUUGAUGCAGGUGACCCAACUCAGAUGUGGAGCAUUUGUAAUUGGUCUUCACAUUUGCCACAGCAUUGCCGACGGCUAUGGCAGUAUCCAAUUCUUGAAAUGCAUUGUCGACUUGGCCCGUACUAGUGGUGACACCUCGCAAAUUGUAUUGCCGGUAUGGAACAGGGAGCUCCUGACAGCACGUAUCCCGCCGCACAUAAACCCAGUGUUUGAGGAAUUCCUCCAGAGAUUAGGCAGCACUGGAGAUGACAUUAUGUUGUCAACGCCACCGGAAGAAAUGGUUGGCCGCUUCUUCGUCUUUAGUCCAAGAGACAUCAUGGUGCUAUGA